CAGUCCUCUGACAUUGGCCAAGAGUUGCAUUUCCCAGCAGGAACAUUUGACUUCUACAUUUAUCAUCGAAUGAACCUUUACCUCGCGGAUGACGAAGCUAUAACAUUGCGAUUACACAGCAUGCAAAAUGUUGGGUGUUGUGAGCCCAAUCGGACGACCGAUUUACUCUGAACUUGAUUAAGAAACUUGUUUGGAAGCAGAUAAUCUUCACAGUUGAGACCCACACAUACCGGCACUGCACGGCUGGCGAAACCUCGAAUAAACUUCUGUAUCUUUCAUUCUCACAUAAUUUAGCUACGUCAAACUCGUACGUCGUAGUCGAGCAUUAUCCCGUACUGCUUUGAACAACUAAUCGAAUAAUCGAGAUUGUGUAUAAUAAUGUGUACGGACUUUAAGCUGAAACAGAUUAGGCUAUUGACCCUGUCAUUACACACCCAACAUUAAGAAGACGUAUUCGUUAUUUCGGUCUUCGUUGAUGUGAACAGGCCCGACAAUCAAUAUUGCAAUCUCUUGCGGCUUCCAUCGGUGAACGGCGAAGGGACCGCUAAAGGCGCAAGUUACACUGACACGCUUUGAGUUACCCGUCAUACCCAAACUCAAGAUACUGCCCAUUCUUCAUUCACGUUUCUUAAAGUAUGACACAUUUUACAAAUCCUUUCUUAACUUGGUGGAUAACUCACGCUGCAAAUUCGAGGGAAAGUUGGUGUUGAUUUAUUCAGUCUCCGUUUCUUCCUGAAGGAGCAAUCUUAUAACAGGAAGGAAUCAAUAAUACACGCAAUCCAUAACUCCCGGUGGGGGUGAUACGUCUUACAGAGAGGAAACCGAUAGCUACGAUUUGAACGUUAACGAACCAAAAGUGAUGGACGAGGUAAAGAAUGGCGAGACCAUCAAGAGCUCACGCGUGAUGAAAUCACAUAAUCUUCUCUCCAAUCACCUGAGCUCUGACGACAUUAUUGAGAGACUUCGAUGUGCAAUGAUAGAUGAGCUUUCAGAGCUUCGCUGUGAACUAGACGCUUUGAAAAAAGGAGGAUGGAAGAUAGCGAUCGGUCCAUUCGUGCAAACAAAAUUAUCUACGGAUGCCGAUCGAGAGCGAAUUCAUCACUGCAUUGACGAGCGAACUAACCAUAAAAUCAAGCAACUGGAGGCUCCCUUUACGAUUCCGGUCAAAUAUGACGUAAAGAGUCCAGAUUCUAUCCAGAAUUCUUGCUCACCCAAGACUUUCGAAGCAGAAGACGUUAGACUUUGGAAACCUGCGUACAUUCGUAGCUUGCAGCCAUUCGUAUACCGUAAGCUCCCAAGCCCCAACAAUAUGAUAACAUUUAGUUGGGAAUUUCUUCAUCGAAUAUUUCGCGGGGCUAUGGAGCACAGUCCAGGUCUUUGGUAUAUUCCACUCAAUGCCGGUAGAGCACUCAUCACCGGACGCACGUUCUACGCCAUUGAUGCCACCACCGAGCCAUACAUGCCACGUUCCCCGUGUGACCAUGGUGCGAAGAUAACUGGAUUCUACAACAACAAUCCCCCGGACGACGGUGGCGAGAUUUCCUACACUGAUGUUCCACUUUUCAUCACGGGUAGUGCUUGGGUCCAAAACUGUAAAGCCAAUGAGUACAUCUACUUUGGUAACUACAGUCAAACACGGUGGAGCGACAAGGUCAGCUACGGAGAGUUUCAUGAUCUUAUACCUGAUCACAUCAAGGACUUCUGGGCGGCGCAAUUUGCAGAUCCUUCGCGGCCCUCUUGGGUAUCCAGGGAGCUGAUGAAACAUUUCUUUCCCAUGCCCGAAUAUGAUGGUGCUAUGCCGAGUGCCACCUCGAAACCCAGUGUUGGUACUGAUGAGUACGAGACGCAACAGCGUAUAAUGCAAAAAGACAUGGAAUAUUAUCUCGAAGAUCUGAGUCACUGGGAAAGUAACGCGAAGAAAAGGGUUGGUCUUCUGAAGAAAGAAGACAUAAGGAGGGCCUUCGAGAACGCCGAUGCAGAUGAGAGUCCUAGUUUACGUCUCUGGUGGGAGUAUCUUGAAUGUAAAAGCUGGGAUCGUGCAUUCUACGAAACUCUUGUCAGAGAGCAAAACAAGAUGAUCACUACGGGUUGACCCCUCUAUGGAAUUCGUGCGAGGGAUGAUGAAACUAAUGAACAUAAUAAGUUGAGACGCUUUCUUCAAACAUGACAACGCCACAACUCUGAAAGAUUUAAAAGGUACAGCUCAAAAUUCACCAGAAUCGAAUAAGAGACUGCAUUACAUGCUGAUCCUGGUCUGUAGGAUCAGCUUGUACAUUCUGAACUCAUGAGAAACCAUUCCUUCCAUAAUUCAAGAAAGAUCAAUAACUCGUGAAUGCUCUUGUCAGCCCAUUGAUGAGUAUUCGUAAGAUCGUGAUAAAUAAUAGGAGGAGUUAUUUCACACUCGAAUAGGUGAUCCAUUGCUAAAUCCAUUUGAGCUAUUCUAUAAUGCACUGGAUUAAAGUUCGGUGCUUAAUUGGCGGCCAUCGUAAAUUGCAUUCCACGGCUCAAGUCCGCAAAUCUCGAAUCAAACAUAUCCCACAGGUAAUUUCCCCUUGCCUUCCACGGGGCUUGGUUCGUAGUCUUCGGUAAUCUAUGUAGUGCCGUUAAAAUAUAUGUGCUCGUCAG